AUGAAGCUCCGCAGCAAGGCGGUCGCUUUGCUGCUCCUGCUGGCGCUGGCCGCGCUGCUGCUCGCGCUGCUGCCCCUGCGCGCCCGCCGCGUCCCGGCGCCCGCGGCCCCCGCACGCCCCGCGCCCGCCCCGCCGCGCCGCGCCGGCCCCGCCGCGCUCCCCGGGGCCGGGCCCGGCACUCGCCGGCGCGGGCGGCCGCGGCCGCACCCCCGGGCGGGUCGCGGGGGCGCCGCCGUCCUGGAGAAGUUGGCGAGGAGACCCGGGGAACCCAGGCAUUUCCCAGCAGUGCUGCCGCCCAGGUUCUGGAUCCACCUGGCCGCGGUGGCUUGUGGGGACCGGCUGGAGGAGACGCUGGUCAUGCUCAAGUCAGCCGUGCUCUUCAGCCACAGGAAGAUCCAGUUUCACAUCUUCACGGAAGAGUCUCUGAAGCCAGAAUUUGAUAAGCAGCUGCAACAGUGGCCUGACUCAUAUAGAAAGAAAUUUGAGCACAGGAUCUACCCCAUCUCAUUUUCAGUUGGGAAUCCUCAGGAAUGGAAGAAAUUGUUCAAACCCUGUGCUGCGCAAAGGCUCUUUUUGCCGGUGAUCUUAAAAGACGUGGACUCCCUUCUCUAUGUGGACACUGACGUUCUCUUUCUGAGACCUGUCGAUGACAUCUGGAAGCUUCUGAGACAAUUUAAUUCUACCCAGCUUGCGGCCAUGGUCCCUGAGCAUGAAAUCUCCAAGAUUGGCUGGUACAGCCGCUUUGCACGCCAUCCUUUCUAUGGUUCUGCAGGAAUUAACUCAGGAGUCAUGCUCAUGAAUCUAACGCGGAUAAGAAGUGCCCGAUUCAAGAACAGCCUGAUUCCAGAACGCCUGGCUUGGGAGGACAUGUUGUAUCCUCUGUACCAAAAAUAUAAGAACACCAUCACGUGGGGAGACCAGGACUUAUUAAAUAUCAUAUUUUAUUUCAAUCCAGAGAGUCUCUAUGUGAUCCCCUGCCAGUGGAACUACCGUCCUGAUCACUGCAUGUACGGAAGCAACUGCAAAGAGGCCGAGCGUGAGGGUGUAUCUAUCCUGCAUGGGAACCGAGGCGUCUACCAUGACGAUAAGCAGCCGACUUUCAAAGCACUCUAUGAAGCAAUACGGGAUUUUCCCUUUCAAGACAAUCUCUUUCAAUCUAUGUACUACCCUCUUCAGCUGAAGUUUCUGGAGACUGUGCAUACCUUGUGUGGACGAAUCCCACAAGUUUUUCUGAAGCAAAUUGAGAAAACAAUGAAACGGGCUUAUGAGAAACACGUGAUUAUCCGUGUUGGCCCCAACCAGAUGCAUUGAAUGAUUUGUAUCAUCGGGAGUCAGUUAGGUAUCUCAUGAACCAUGUUUCUCUUUAAGCUGUCUGGAUCAUUUUUUGUAUGAAUAUUUAAUGGUGCUCUAUGACAAUUGAGUUUUAAAUGCCUUAUUAAAUGUUUCUCAAUGCCCCUAAGAGGUAAUAUGCUUACCUUUCCCCAUCUACAAUGCUACUUAUGACUCUGGGUUUGUUUCUAAACUAUACUAUUUCUUAUAUAACAUUGUUGAGCUAGCUGUAAAAAG